GAAUCUGGUUUGCAGAAAGAAUAGUUUGUUUGCAUCGUUGUGAUUGACAGUUCGAUCAGUCAAUGGCACCGAGCCUACAGUAUUACGGACGGGCUAGCAGCCAAUGAGUAAGGGGUAGGCGGGGCUUACUUUUUGAGCGAGCGUAAGCGUUGUUUAGGAGGAAGAAGAAGCCGAUUCUGGAAGCCAUUACGCUGCGCACAUCGUUGAGUAAGUUGUACUAUUUUGCGUACAAUACGCACAAUUACUUCUCCAGAAAACGAAUUUAUACCACUAUGGCAACAAUCGUGAAAAAGAGAAAGAUGAAUUUCUCGGAGAGAGAGGUGGAAAUAAUUGUUGAAGAAAUCGAAAAACAAAAGCAUACACUGGUUAACCAUUUCAAUGCUGGAGUCACCCAUAUGGCAAAAAAUCACGCGUGGACGGAAAUCCUGCAAAAGGUGAACGCGGUCACCACCUGUCCCAGAGAGUUGUCCGAGGUGAAAAAGAAGUGGUCUGAUAUGAAGACUGAGGUCCGCAAGAAAGUGGCCCAGGCCCGGGCCGCGAUAGAGGGCACGGCCACGGAGUGCACGCCGGUUCCUGUCAUCCUGACCGCGCUGCAGCAGCGGAUCUGCAACCUGCUGGGGGAGGCCACCAUCAUCAGUCUGCCUGCAGGAGAGGCGGAGGCUGAGAUCACCUUACCCGUGACAGUCAGCACAGCCGUCACACUGACAGACACUGGUUCAGCUGUAGCUUGUGAUGAAGCCAAGUCACUGAGCGAGGAAACAACUUACCACACACUGGAGGAGGGACGAGUAGUGGAGUACUGCACCACCACUGUCACUGAUGCCACGCCCACCGUAGUAGCAGCUGUCGAGACGCCGGUGGAGAUGCUCGCCCCGUCUUCGGUUUCCCCCCCGUCACCUCAGGGUCAGGCCAAACCGAAGGAGCUGAAGAACCGGAUCGCUCUGAACUCAGCACGCCUGCUACAGGAACAGAGAGUCACCAAUGUUCACAUUCGACAGAUCGCCCAGCACUUAGAGGGCCAGAACGAGAUACUGCAGAUGAUGCGGCGCUCUCAGGAAGCUCAGGCGUACGCCCAGGAGAGGCAAGCCCAGGCACUGGAAGGGACCCAGGCUGCUCUGCUGGCAUUAGUGCAGAUGCUCCGGCCUGCUCUUAAAGACCUGCGCAAAUUCCUGCAGAGUGGGACCGAGGUCGCCACCUCCAGCAGCGUGCCAGCGAGCGCGCCCACUGAUGAGGGCAGAGCAGAGGAACAGAACCGGCCCAAAACCCCACCACCGCCAACACAGCAAGCCGAGGAGCCACAGUAGAUGCUGUGUGUGUGUGUUUGUGCACAUCAUAACCUUCUGUCAGACUCUCAAAACCAAAACUACACAAACAUGAUGUGAGUAGCACGCAGACAGAGGUUUGGCGGUGUGUAAUCUGAACAUUCAUGGAAAUGGAGAAAAGUUCAUGUUGAGGAUAUUCCUGGUUGACCACUUUUUCAGAAUCGAGCCCAUUUUAUUUGAUACCGAGUACGACACAGGAGACCAUCCUCCAGACCCCCUGAGUGAACGUGAGCAUUUUUCUGGUGUCUGCCUGAAAGUUGUUCUGCAGUUUAAUCUGCAUGAAGAAUCAUCAGUGGUUUGUAAGAUUAGAGACACCUGCAGCCUUCAGUUAGUGUCGUCAGGACUCGGCAUCUUCAGGACUAAAUAACACCUUAAGACUGACACCACUGCAGACUGUACUUUAAUCAACCAGAAUGUGUGAGAUUCUGGCUUAGAAGGUUCACUCAUGUAGUUAUAGGUAAAGUAACAUGUAUUAUACAGUGAUACACUGUAUCAUUUUCUUUUUAAUUAAAUAUUACAUCAUCCACUCUGACUUUUGGGUACUAAGAUAAACACCGUAUUUUUUC